CCUCCGGCCACCAGAGGGCGACCGCGGCGCGCCUGCCUCUCUGGCCUCCCCGGCGAGCGAGCGGCAGAUAUCCCAGGGUUCCGCGCGGCGCCGUCCUUCCUGUCGCGGCCGCCAUCGGAGAGCAGCAGCCAUGGCCCUGCGCUACCCCAUGGCCGUGGGCCUCAACAAGGGCCACAAGGUGACGAAGAACGUCAGCAAGCCGAGACACAGCCGGCGCCGCGGGCGCCUCACCAAGCACACCAAGUUCGUGCGGGACAUGAUCCGGGAGGUGUGCGGCUUCGCGCCCUACGAGCGGCGCGCCAUGGAGCUGCUGAAGGUGUCCAAGGACAAGCGCGCGCUCAAGUUCAUCAAGAAGAGGGUGGGCACGCACAUCCGCGCCAAGAGGAAGCGGGAGGAGCUGAGCAACGUGCUGGCCGCCAUGCGGAAGGCGGCGGCCAAGAAGGACUGAUCCCACCCCCAAUAAACGUU